AGAAGCGAGUUUCUUAGGGGGCCGGCCAUCUUGUGUGGGCAGCAAGCGAGCGCGGAGGGGGUGGGCCAGGGGCCUGGGCAGCAUCGGAGGAGGAUCCCACCGAGAGGGGCCCAUCAUGCCCGGACACCUGCAGGAAGGCUUCGGUUGCGUCGUCACCAACCGCUUUGACCAGCUCUUGGACGACGAAUCCGACCCCUUCGAGGUGAUCCAGGCGGCCGAGAGCCGCAAGAAAGAGAGCGGCGGCGGAGGGGGAGGCGGCGGCGGCGGCGGCGGAGGGGGCCAUCAGGGCGGCCGCGGCGGUGGCGGCGGGCAGGCGGCCCAGGCCAACUCCUCCUCAAGCGGCGGGUCGGGCCAGCCCGGCUCCGGCGGCGGGAGCGGCAGCGCGGCCAAGCAGCUGCGCAGGGAGUCGCAGAAGGAGCGCAAAAACCCUCUGCCGCCCUUCGCCUCCUCCUCCUCUGGGCCUGGCGGCGCCGGCGACCGAAGAGAGGAUGGCGGCGGCGGCGGGCAGCCUGGCUCCGCGCCCCUCAGGAAGGAAGGGAUAAGGCGAAUUGGCAGAAGGCCUGAUCAACAGCAGCCUCAGGGAGAAGGCAAGCCUAUUGAGAGGAGGCAAGAGAGACGGCCUCCUCGUGAACGCAGGUUUGACAAACCUGCUGAAGAAAAGGGUGAAGGAGGAGAAUUUUCUGUUGAUAAACCCAUUAUUGAUCGUCCAAUGCGUGGCCGUGGUGGACCAGGUGGAAGAGGGGGCCGUGGUGGCAGAGGACGUGGAAUGGGCAGAGGAGAUGGUUUUGACUCCCGAGGCAAACGUGAAUUUGAUAGGCAUAGUGGAAGCGACAGAUCUUCUCUUUCACAUUCACAUUUCAGUGGUCUAAAGCAUGAGGACAAGCGUGGUGGAAGUGGAUCGCACAACUGGGGAACUGUCAAAGAUGAACUAACUGAUUUGGAUCAAUCAAAUGUGACAGAGGAAACACCAGAGGGGGAGGAGCAUCCACCUGCCGACUCAGAGAAUAAAGAGAAUGAAGUAGAAGAAGUCAAGGAAGAAGGUCCUAAGGAAAUGACUCUGGAUGAAUGGAAAGCUAUUCAAAAUAAAGAUCGUGCAAAAGUUGAAUUCAACAUCCGUAAACCAAAUGAAGGUGCUGAUGGACAAUGGAAAAAAGGUUUUGUUCUUCAUAAGUCAAAGAGUGAGGAGACAAAGGGGGUGACAGAGAUGCAAGGGAGUCAGAUGGAAUCCAAUGAGUCUCAUGCUGAAGACUCUGCAAUGGAUCAUCACUUCCGCAAGCCAGCAAAUGAUAUCACAUCUCAGCUGGAAAUCAAUUUUGGAGAUCUUGGUCGUCCUGGGCGUGGUGGCAGAGGUGGAAGAGGAGGACGUGGACGUGGGGGAAGAGCCAAUCGUGGAAGCAGAACUGACAAGUUGGUUAAGGAGUUUGAUGUGAUCCACACACCCAGCCAGUCAAGUGCUUCUGCUCCUGAUGUUGAUGACCCAGAAGCUUUCCCAGCUCUGUCCUAAACUGGAUGCCCUAAGCCAACCCUGCCCCUUGUUGGGCCCUCCUCUACAAGGCUUGCAUGCUUAAGGAUCCUAAAAACAACUUAAGAAAUUAAAAAGGGGACUCUCAUUCAUACCAUUCACACCUGAAGACUGAAUUUUACCUGUUUUGAAAAUGAACUUCUCUUGCUACACAGAAGCAACAAUAUGGUAGUCAGUUUUGUAUUUAGAAAUGUAAUGGUAGCAGGGAUGUUUUCAUAAUUUUUUUCAGAAAUUAUGCAUUCUUCAUGGAUACUUUUUUGUAUUGCUGCUUGAAAAUAUGCGUUUCCAAACUUGAAAUAUAGGUGUGAACAGUGUGUACCAGUUAAAGCUUUCACUUCAUUUGUUUUUAUUUUUUAAGUUAGGUUUUUAGAUGUUUUCCCCCGAACUACAAACAGUUUAACUCUUGCACACUCUUUUAAUACUGCUUAGCAGAUUGUUUUCAGUCCACAGUCAGCUGGGAUAUGUACAAAAAUAAUUUGGAAAAUUGUUAGUACUGUGUGGAAUACUAACUUCUGAAGUAUUUUAAGUUUUUAAUACUUAAAUUCAAACUUGGAAAAGUCAAUUUUCUUCUAUCUUUGGUAGUUUGUGUAUUCAAAGUCUUUAUACAAAAUUGAUAUCAGAUACUUGAAAAAUAGUCAAAGCACAUUGGUUUUUACUCAAAUACCUUCUUAUGAAUCCAGCAGCUCUGUUUGGAUAAUUGGUCUAAGCCAUUUAAAAAAACUCGGUGUUACACCUCUCAUAUACACCUCUUUUAUCUUACUCCCUUUUUUUCUUCAACAAAACUAGUUGUUUGUUUGGUAAACUUUGUUUAAACUUGUUAAUAUUGUUGCUACCAAAAAUACUUUGUAGACUGGAGCAACUUUUUUUUUCAAAACAUGGGAGGUUGGGGAGCGGCAUCUAUUUCUAAUACAGUUCGUUUAAACUACAUUUGAUAUUUGUCUGGCAGUGCAGUAUAUCUACACAAAAAAUGCACCUAUGCUGGAUGCAUUCAAACACUUUCAUUAGAUGCAACCCUGGGCCUAAAGAAGAAACCAAAGGGCACUGUGUGCUACUUGGGAGGAGGAUUACUUGACUUGUGUAAGUUGGAGAACAAAGAGCAUCAAAGUGGGACGGUCUCCGUGGGACAGAAACCAAAACCUCUCCACCUAAUUGAAAUGUGGAUUUUUGCUCCUACUGUUUCAGCUCCUGGUCUCUGCUAGCUGACAAGUGAAUGUUUUAUUUUCAGAGGGCGAUUGUAAGAAGUUCUCCUUCCACUGUAGAAUUUUCUUAAUAGUUUAACUUAAUCCCUGUGAACAGGAAUGUUACCACUUUCAAAACACAAAAGGACUUGAACAGCAAAUAAUAAAAAGGACUACUUAGGCUUUUUGUCUGCAACUUUUGUUAGGAGGCUAGAGCAGGAAAUAACCCAUCUAUUUAAGGUUUCGACACUUUGAGUAGUGUGUGUAGCAUUCAUGGGUUUCUUAGGUAGAAAGCUUAACGGUGAUGCCCUAUUUUUUUUAAAGCUUACAGGAUGGGCAACAGUAUUGGACAGCUGAAUAUAAACUCAACGAUUGCAGUGUUCAGUUGGCUUGCAUUAUCUGAAUGAUUUUUUAAUGAACAUUUGUUUACAUAAGCAAAGGUUACUGUAUUUUAUCGGACUUCAGGUACACUCAAAAUCAUCCUUGCAGCCAGGAAGAAGAAGAAGAAGAAAUAAUCACAUUUUUAACUGUAUGAAAUCGAUUUUGCCCCUAGGAGGGUGGUUGUUAAAAAUGCUAAGCAUUCUUUCAAAGUUUUCUUGGUGCUUAGCAUGGAAAUAUCCCAUUUUGGAGGUAGUCAAAUUUCUUGCGUCAACAGGUACAUACGUUUUCAGUAGUUCUUUGUUCCCUGCCCCUCCUCAUCUCAUAGUUCAGAAUAUGUUGGAAAAUAGUGGAUGUUGUCUGUAUCCUUAAAGAGCAUUUUAUAUAACCACUGUGUAAGUAUUCUGGUCCCCAAAGACAUGCUUACUGAAUAGUUUUUUUGCUGUUCUUUAUAUCCCCCCCUUUCCCCUUUCCAGGCUAAUAAUGACUUUUCCCACCCCAAACCAUGGCCCUUUUAUACAUGUUAUUCCUGAAAGCCACACAUCCCAUGCCAUGCCAAUUUGAUACUUGACACAUGCUUUCUUCAUCUUAUAGCAUAUAUGUAAUAUAGAACAGGCAUAGGAAGGCUUUUUAAAGACGACCCAUUUGCUGUUCUUUUAAUAGCUGUGUUCUUAAUUUGUGUCAAGCUGUGAAUUUUUUUCUCUUUAAUAUUGGUGCGUGUUAAAUACAGGUUUAUUUUCAUGCUCUUUUAUAAAAACGUAAUGGAAGGUAGGCAUUAUGAAUGCCUCUAAUGUCAGGCUUCUUACUUGAUUUCCGGCCUACAAGCCCCUAAAUCUUUUCCCACAGGAUGGUGCCCUUGUGGAUCCAUCAGCAGCAGGUUUGGCAAAAUACCUACCUAUAUAUUCUAAUUCUAGUAUUAGCUAUUAACAAAUUUGACCUCAUUUUCUCCUGCUUGCUUGUCCUGCUGUUGCACCACUGCAUUUAGAGGUGAUGUCUCUCUUAAAAAAUAUGGGUCAGUUGAAUAUGAAUUAAUUGACUUAUUUUAAUGUUUGAGCAUGAAAGUUCAUCUUGUGUCAACUGACAGGCAGAGAAGUUAACCAAAUUAGUAAAAGGGAAAAAGAAAAAGAGCACAAGACCUUCUAAGGUAACCCCAAGGAUCAAAACUAUGUCUGUUGUGAAUAUACAUCGUCUUUCUGUUGGAUGGGUGCUACAUCUAAUGGUUGAUUACAUCUUGCCCGAUGAGAUUCACUUGCAUACCAUACCUGUUGACUUAAUAAAAGCAGGACUGAUGCUU